UUAUAGAAGUGUGUUGUUACGAGUACGGAGACUUUCAAGACCGAAUGGUAUCUGUGAUAGACAAUGGAAGAAAUUCCUACAAUGAACAAGCACGUGAAGCUGAACUACAAGUAGUUGAAUUAGGUACUGGUACUAGUAUAUCUUCGAUAAGGCCUGAUGUGGAUCUAUCGGAAACUGGAUCAUCGAAUUUCGAACACGAAUCCGGCUGGAUGAGACAGUUCAGUAUUCUGAUUAUGAGAAUGUGGUUGCAGAUGUGGAGAGAUAAGAACUACCUGCUACUUCGAACUGUACUGCACUUGGUGUUAGGUGUCUUUGUUGGUUUCAUAUACCUAGGAAUGGGUCAAGAUGGAUCCAAAACCAUAUUCAACUUCGGAUUCUAUUUCUGCUGCCUUAUCUUCUUCAUGUAUAUACCUAUGAUGCCAAUUUUACUACAAUGUGAGUAUGAAUAGAAAUCACUGUUUCAA